AUGGAAUCCACCCUCAUCCUCAACCUGCUCGCCGCAAUUAGCGGCGUGCUUACUCACAUUAUCAUCUUCCGCCGUGGAGAAUGGGAUGUGGUAUCUCCCUCCGUCUUUGUUUUUUACUCCACUGUCUUUGCGGCAGCCGCCCUGCUAUCGUAUUCCAACUUCGUCAGCACCCCUUUGUCGGCAAUCUCGCAAAUGGCUGGCUUCCACGUUGCCGCGUUGUACAGCAGCAUGCUUGUGUAUCGUGCAUUCUUCCACCGGCUUUCAAAGUACCCGGGUCCCUUCCUGGCACGUCUCACCAACUUCUACAUCACGGCAUUGUCGGUUAAGAGGCUGCAUCUCUUCAAAGAGGUGCAGCAACUUCAUCAACAGUAUGGAGAUUAUGUCCGCCUUGGGCCAAGUGAGAUUUCCAUUGCCUCGCCAGAAGCCGUCAAGGCCAUCUAUGGCACCCAAUCUCCUGUCACCAAGGGUCCUUGGUAUACGCUGCUGGAGCCGCGGGUUCCGCUGUUCAUGGCCCGAGACAAGCAGGAGCAUGCACGUCGCCGAAAGGGGUAUGAUCCUCGCAUCACCAAGGCCAUCAACCAGCUGCUCGCUGCCAUUGACCGCAGCAAGGGACAGGCCUUUGAUGUGUCGAAAUGGUUCUCAUACUUUGUGUUUGACGUGAUGGAGGAUCUGGCCUUCAACAAAUCGUCCAACAUGCUGGCUGAGGGCAAGGAGGCCUAUGUUUUCAAGACGAUUCGCACUGACAUGUUCAACAUUGCCCUCUUCACUCACAUGCCCUGGCUGUUGCCCUUCAUCAAGCGCACCCCGAUCCUGAACUGGAACUAUUACGAAUUUCUAGGCUGGAUUCAGAAACUGGUUGACGAACGCAAGCAGAAAGAGCCCGAGCAACCCGACAUCUUCUCCUGGAUCCUGGCCGCGUACAACAAAGGCCCCAAAACCAAGCGGGACCAGCUCAACCUGCACGGCGACGCGCAACUGAUCGUCAUCGCGGGCAGCGACAGCGUAGCGGCGGCGCUAACCCACAUCUUCUUCCACCUAGCAUGGGACCCCUCCCUGACGCGGCGGCUGCAGGCCGAGUUCGACGCCCUGCCGGACAUCUCGCACGACCAACUCAUGACUGUGCCCCUGCUGGACGCCGUCAUCAACGAGGCCAUGCGCCUGGACCCCCCCGUCCCCUCGGGCACCCAGCGCGUCACCCCGCCCGAGGGCCUGUGGAUUGGCGACCACUUCGUCCCCGGCGACACCAUCGUCCAGGUGCCAAGCUACACCAUCUUCAGGGAUGAGCGCGCGUUUGCGUACCCCAAUGACUUCAUCCCGGAGCGGUGGACCACCCGGCCGGAGCUGGUCAGGGAUAAGUCGGUCUACAUCCCGUUCAACACAGGCCCGUAUGCAUGUGUGGGCAAACGCUUGGCCAUGCUGGAGCUGAGGCGUGUGGUAGGUGAGAUCCUGCUGCGGUACGAUCUGACCAUCGCCCCCGGCCAGACCAAGCAGGGGUUCUUGGAUGGGAAGCAGGAUACAUUCACCACCGUGUCGGCUCCCUUGCCGGUCAUCUUUUACGGAGAGGGCGCAUGCAGUGUGACCUCGUUCAGGGUAGGUACUCUGUGUGUACGGAGAACGCAUACUGGGGCGGAGGCGGGCAAUGUCCCAUGUCCUGCACCGCCCUGCCCUGCAGGUCUCUCGCUUAGCUCUAUUAUCACCACUUGUUACCUUCCGAGAAGCAGCGGGCGGCUUCGAAGUCUCGGGUGCGAGGAAGGGAAGUGGGGGUCGCGGCUGCUGUUGCUGAUGUUGCUGCUGCCGAUGCUGCCGCUCUAG